AUGGACGGCUCAGGAAAUGGUGUAUACCACCGUGUUGAGCCGGGCACGGAAAUCCAGUACAAAUUUAGAGUCGGAACGGGAAACUGGUGGGUGCUGAAGGAGGACUCUCCAACAGUCACCGACUCAGCGGGCAACCAGAACAACGUGCUGAAGGCGACAGCCUCGUCCGCGACUUCCAAAACCGCCAAUGAUGUCAUUUCCCACGAGCACCAAAACGGCGCCGAGGCCGCGGAGCAGGGCGCCAUAUCCGACGGCGAUUAUGUGAAUGUUCACCACGACUCGACGGACAAUCUCAUCAAGAGUGGCCCUCCAGAGGUAUAG